AUCGUUGGGUAUGUGCGAAGUAUCGAUACAUUUUCUUACGCUGCUCAGUGCCCUCAAUUAAAAAUUAAAUUACAAAAUUUCACUGUUUCUGUUUAUAAUAAAACGUAUUGCCUAAACGGUCUAGUUAACAUUCAAGCACAAGUGGUAGUAACAUUGUAGAACAUGUCAACACCCGCACGCAGACGUCUUAUGAGAGAUUUUAAAAGACUUCAGGAGGACCCACCAACGGGUGUUUCGGGUGCGCCAACAGAUAAUAAUAUUAUGAUAUGGAAUGCUGUGAUUUUUGGUCCACACGAUACUCCGUUCGAGGAUGGUACCUUUAAAUUAACCAUAGAAUUUACGGAAGAAUACCCAAAUAAACCGCCAACAGUUCGAUUCGUUUCGAAAGUAUUUCAUCCUAACGUGUAUGCAGAUGGUGGCAUAUGUUUGGAUAUAUUGCAAAAUCGCUGGAGUCCCACGUAUGAUGUGUCAGCUAUAUUAACAUCUAUACAGUCACUGCUGAGCGAUCCCAAUCCCAACUCACCGGCAAAUUCUACCGCCGCUCAGCUGUAUAAAGAGAAUCGUCGUGAGUAUGAGAAGCGUGUGAAAGCCUGUGUGGAGCAAAGUUUCAUCGAUUAGCCAUGCGCCCACAUUAACACCAACAACAAUAAUAACAGCAACAGCAGAAGCAGGAGCAGCAGACACGACAGCACAAGCAGCAGCAACAGCAGAAGCACCAGCUGCAGCGACUUGCAGCAACAAGCUUCAAUAACAACAACACGCAAUAAUAUAAACAAGUUUAAAUUAAAUAAUAUCAGAUAUAUUUAUAAUAGUUAUAAUGCUAUGAAAUUGUAACAGCUCCUAAAACCAACACACACCGACAGACAGACAGACAUAAAACACACUACUUAGACAAGACAGACACACUCACUGACUCACUCACUCACUCACUCACAUAGAAAACCAACCACACAUACAUAUUUACAUAUACCCGCAAAACCGGACAGUUUAUAUUUUCGUCAAAAUGUUUAAUCGUAGAUGCGAUAACAAACAUCAACAUUAACAAGAACAACAACCCACUGAAGCAGCAAACAAAAAAAAGCAAAAAAGAAAGAGCAGCAAUCACUUCAGGUGACAUCAAUAGAUAUUUAUAUAUAUCUCCUCAAGCCUCUCAUAAGCUAACAAUAAUAAUAACAUCAACAAUUCAAUGUUAUAAUUCAAAUAGCA